GCCCCGGGCACGGAGUGAUGGGGAGGCGCGUGCGUAAGCGCCUCUCUUAGACUCUGGCCCAGGGCACCUCGCGUUCGCGGAGGCGGCGUGCGGACACCACGUGCGAUGCAAAUUAUUUAUCUGCUGCUAAACUAAGCCAUGAGUCUGGUGCUACAUGAGCUGCUUGUUUGCUGCCGUCAACUUGAAAAUGACAAAAUUACAGAGCGAAGGAAAGAAGUUGAAAAAUUCAAACGUCUCAUCCGUGAUUCUGAAACAAUUAACCAACUGGAUCAUAAUUCUGACUAUAAACAAAGAAAACAACUGAACUGGGAUGCUGUAUUUAGGUUUCUGCAGAAAUACAUCCUGAAAGAAACUGACAGUAUCAGAUUGGCAAAACCAAAUGUAUCUGCCUCAGUACAAGCUUCCAGGCAGAAAAAGAUGCAAGAGAUCAGCGGUUUGGUCAAAUACUUCAUUAGAUGUGCUAAUAAAAGAGCACCCAGAUUAAAAUGUCAGGAGCUUCUGAAUUAUGUCAUGGACAUAGUGAAAGAUGCACCAAGUUGUGCUAUUUAUGGAGCUGACUGUAGUAGCAUACUACUAAAGGAUGUUCUUUCAGUGAGGAAAUACUGGUGUGAGAUAUCGAAGCAACAGUGGUCAGAACUGCUGACCCUGUACUGCAAAUUGUAUCUCAAACCUUCCAGAGAUAUUAACAGAGUUUUGGUGGCUAGAAUAAUUCACACAUUGAUCAGAGGAUGCUGCUUCCAAACUGAUGAACUAAAUUCCAAUCUUUUUUGCUUCUUUGAAAAAGCACUACAGUGUGCAAGGCAGGAGAACGCCUCUGCAGGUCUGGAUCAUAUUCUUGCAGCAAUUAAUGUCGUCUUCAGUGUGUAUGCUGUGAACUGUCGUAUGCGGAUUUGUAAGCUAGGAGAAGAAAUUCUUCCUACGGUUCUUUAUAUAUGGACUCAGUAUAGACCGAAAGAGUCUGUAAAGGAAUUAAUAAUUCAGUUACUUCAACUGCAGGUUCGUGUUCAUCAUCCAAAGGGAGCCAAAACACAGGAGAAAGGUGCAUAUGACUCAGCAAAAUGGCAAAGAAUCUUACACAACUUGUAUGAUCUGCUGGUGAAUGAGUUAAGUCUCAUUGGCAGUAGAGGAAAGUAUUCUUCAGGAUCACGCAACAUUGCUGUGAAGGAAAACUUGAUUGAAUUAAUGGCUGAUAUUUGUCAUCAAGUCUUUACUGAAGACACCAAAGUCCUGGAGAUAACCCAGUCGUACACUGUUACACAAAGAGAUUCUGGAGAUGAAGCUGCACCAAGCAAGCGUAGGAAGAUCGAAUUGGGCUGGGAAAUAAUUCGAGACAAUUUGCAAAUAUCACAGAAUGAUUUUGAUGUCAUACCUUGGUUGCAGAUUACAGCCCGAUUGAUAUCAAAGUAUCCUAUGAGUCUUCCUAACGGUGAAUUAUCUCCCUUACUCACUAUACUACACCAGCUACUACAUCAGCAGAGAAAAGGGGAAAGGACCCCAUAUGUGCUAAGGUGCCUUACAGAGGUUGCUGUUUGUCAGAGCCAAAAAUUAGAUUUGGAAAGCACACAAAAGUUGGAGCUGCAGAGAAUCUGGGCAAAAGUUUGGUCUCUUACAGUUCGCAGCAUAAGUUUUCAGCAAGUUGAAACAGAAAGCUUUGGGUUACUUGGAGCCAUAAUUCAAGGAAACCUUAUUGUAAUAGACAAAGAACUCUGGAAGAUAUUUUCAGGGUCUGCAUACAAGCCUUCGAGUCCUGCUGCACGUUGUUUGGCAUUAGCAAUGACUGCUUAUGUAGUACCAGAAACUUUGAAAGUAGGAAUGGUGCAGAAUAAUUGUGAAGGAAAUACUGGGUGUGUGUUAAAAGAAGCAAUAAUGAAAUGGCUACUGUUCUGUCAUUUGGAAGAGAAGAUGGAAGAAUGUUUUGAGUUACCUCCUGUGCUAUGCAGUGAUUUUCCUCAUCUAGUGCUGCAGAAAACUCUUGUGAGCCUGACUAUGAAGAACUGCAGAGCCGCAAUGAACUUUUUCCAAAAUGCUACUGAGUGUGUGCAACACACACAAGACAAAGGAGAAGUCAGUUUUUUGGAAAUUGAAGAGCUGUAUCUACAGACAACUUUUGAUGAAAUGGCUGUUUUCACCAGUCUUGCAGUGAACAUUGCAGAUAAAAAUCUGUCUGGUUCAGGACUUGCUGUCAACCAAAACCAUAGGGAAACGCUGGAGCACUGUCUGUUAGUGGUGUCAGAACAGCUUUUAAACAGCUACUCUUCUGAGAUUUAUUCCAAGUCUACUACUGCAGAACACCUAGUCCGAUGUGUCAGUCUCUUGAUUGGUGUUCUUAGCUGCUAUUGCUAUGCUGGCACAUUAACUGAAGAGGAUGCAUGUAAAUCAGAAUUGUUCCAUAAAGCUAAGUCUCUCAUACAUUAUGUUGGAGAAAGUAUUUCUCAGUCUAAAAAUAAACUAAAUGAAGAUUGUAGGAUCAUCUUGCUGAGGACUUUGAUAACACAAUGUAGCAACUGCUUAUGUAAUUGUACCAAGAGCAGUCCAAGUAAGAUCUUAUCAGGCUUAUUCCUGAGUUUGUUAACAUCAAAGAUGAUGAAUGAUCUUGUAGAUAUUUGCAAACAUCUGAUGGUCUUUACUGGCAAACCGAGUGAUGCUGGAGAAGUAGACCUAAUGGAAGAUAAUAUUGAGAAGAGUGCAAUGGAAGUAGAUAACCAGGUAGCCAUGGACCAAUUUGACGAUCACUGUAUCACUGACUUCGGUGAUGCAAAUGAGUCUGGGGAGAUGCAAAGCGUAACUGGUGCUGUGAGCCCAUUAGCUGAAGAACAUUUGACAAAGCAGGAUUUACUCCUCCUUGAAAUUCUGAGGCUCUUGUGUCUAUGUGUAACUACUGCACAAAUCCAUACAGUCUGCUUCAGAGCACCUGACAUACGGCGGAAGCUGUUAAUGCUAAUUGAUAAAAGUCUAUUUGAUGCUGCUAAAUCACUGCAUCUACAAGUGUAUUUAGUCCUUUUGAAGGAACUCCCAGCUGAAGAAAAUUUGUUGCCAGAAGAUGAUCUUCUCCUGCUUCUCAAGCCUCUUUCUGAUGUGUGUUCCUUGUAUCGUCGAGAUCAAGAAGUUUGUAAAGCAAUUCUAAAUAAUCUACUUCCUGCAGCAGUGGGGUUGGGCCAAGCCAACCCAAAUGUUGAAGAAACAGGGGAAGUCCAAGGACAAUUUUUAACUGUUGUGGGAGCAUUUUGGCACUUGACAAAGGAAGGGAGAUGUACGGCUCCAGUAAGAGUGGCCCUACUGAACUGCAUGAAAGCCCUACUUGAGGCUGAUCCUCAUUCAAAUUGGGCUGUGCUUAAUGUAAGAGAUAAACAUCUGCCUGUGAGUGAUGCUUUCCCACAUUUCCUCGCAGAUAGCCACCAUCAAGUGUGCAUGCUCGCUGCAAAGUCAAUAACCAGUUUGUUCCAAGAUAUGAAACAGAGAGAUUCUUCUGGAUUACCAAAAGCUCUUCCUUUGAAGUUCCAGCAAAAGGCCUUUGAGAAUGUAUACCUCAGAGUUCAAGAAGGAAUGAGAGAACUGGCACGUGGUGGCAUGAGCCCUGAAGACCUGUUGGAUGAGCAAUGUAAUAGAAGAGCAGUUCUGCUGAUGCUGAUAACCAUGGUUUUAUGUUGCAGUCCUGUGUGUGAAAAGCAGGCUUUGUUUGCUAUUUGCCAGUCUAUGAAAGAAAAUGGAUUGGAGCCUCAUGUUAUAAAAAAGGUUUUGGAGAGAGUAUCGAACAUUUUUGGCUAUAAAAGUAUAGAAGACUUCAUGACUUCCCAAUUAGACUAUCUGGUGCUGGAGUGGCUGAGAAUGAAAGAUAGUGGAUAUAGCCUAUCUGCUUUUCCUUAUGUUGUUUUGAACUACUCUAGCCUUGAGGAGUUCUACAGGUCUUGUUAUAAAGUUUUGGUUCCACACCUGGUGAUCAGAAGUCAGUUUGAAGAUGUGAAAUCUAUUGCCAACAUGAUUGAAAAAGACUGGCGGCAGCUUCUAGCAGACUGCUUUCCAAAGAUUCUUGUAAAUAUCCUUCCCUAUUUUGCCUAUGAAAGCCAUAGAGAUAGUGAAAUAACACAACAGAGAGAUACAGCUUAUAAAGUCUACGACAUGCUUAAGGAUGAAAGCUGCUUAGGAAAACAGCAGAUUGACAAUUUAUCUCACAGUAACUUGCCAGAGAUUGUGGUGGAGCUGCUGAUGACCCUGCAUGAGCCAGUUAACACCACAGCAGGAGAAGGAGUUGAUCUAAGUAAAUUUACAGGGGAAUUAGACCCUGCUCCUAAUCCUCCUCAUUUUCCAUCUUAUGUGAUCAAGGCAACCUUGGAUUAUAUUAGCAGUUGUCAUAAAACCAAGUUAAAAAGUAUUGUAGCUGUACUUUCUAAAAAACCUGAUUCAUUCCAGAAAAUCCUACUAGCCAUUUGCAAACAAGCAGCUGAUACAAACAAUAUUUACAAAAAACACAGGAUUCUUAUAAUUUAUUAUUUAUUUGUUAACUUGUUACUUAAAGAGAUAAAGGAUGGUUUAGGAGGAGCAUGGGCUUUUGUUCUUCGAGAUAUAAUAUAUACCCUGAUUCACUACAUCAACAGCAGACCCAGUCUUGGCAGAGACAUGUCCUUGCGCAGCUUUUCUCUCUGCUGUGACCUUCUAAAUCAUGUUUGCCACGCAGCAGUCACAUAUUGUAAGGAUGCCCUCGAGAAUCAUCUUCAUGUUGUUGUUGGAACGCUAAUACCUCUCGUCAGGGACCAGCCUGAAAUUCAGAAGCAGGUCCUAGGCUUGUUGAAGUACCUAGUGAUAGAUAACAAGGAUAAUGAAAACUUGUACCAAACAAUCAAACAUUUAGAUCCUUUUCCUGAGCAUCCUGCUUUUAAAGAUUUGCGUGCUACUCAGCAGAAAAUCAAAUACAGUAAAGGAGCAUUUUCACUUUUGGAGGAAAUUAACCACUUCUUAUCAGUAAGUUUCUGUGACUCACUGCCAUUUGCAAGACUUGAAGGAUUAAAUGAUUUACGCAAACAACUGGAACAACAUAAAGAUCAAAUGAAGGAUCUCAUGAAAAACUUCCAGGAAAAACCCCAGGAGUAUGUCAUAGUAAAGUUGGUGGUGAGCUUGCUACAACUGGCCAAGACAGCAGUUAAUCAUACAGGUGAAAAAGCAGUUUUAGAGGCUGUUGGAAGUUGUUUGGGAGAACUGGGUCCUAUAGAUUUCUCCACCAUAACUCUGCAACAUAGUAAAAAUGCAGUCUAUUCUAAGGCAGUUGACUUAUUUGAAGAUAGAGAACUUCAGUGGGUCUUCAUAAUGCUGACUCUAAUAAAUAAUGCUUUAAUAGAUGAUUGUAUUGGUGUUAGAUCUGCUGCUGCUGCCUGUUUGAAAAACAUUUUAGCCACCAAGGCUGGUAAUGAAUUUUGGGAGGUUUACAAAAACAAAGCUGAUCCCAUGUUAAUAUAUCUCCAUCCUUUCAGAAUGUCUCGAAAGAAGUUUUUAGAAGUACCAAGUAAUGGAAGAGAGAGUCCUUCAGAAAACCUAGAUAAUGCAAGUGUGUGGAUUCCUCAGAGUGUAAGUCAUGAUACCUGGAUCAAGAACCUGACUUGUUCAUUACUGGACAGUGGAGGUGUGAGAAAUGAAGUUCUUCAGUUACUGAAACCAAUGUGUGAGGUGAAAACAGACUUUUGUCAGACUUUGCUCCCGUUCCUGAUUCAUGAUAUCCUGCUUCAUGAUUCAAAUGAAUCUUGGCGAAAUCUUCUGUCCACGUAUAUACAGAGGUUUUUCACAGCUUGUUGCAGAUACUCCUCAUCAUCCAGCAGAUCAACUACACCUGCAAAUUCCAAUUCAGAACCAGAAACCUUUAUUCGUGGAGGUUUAGAUAAAGUAUCUCGGCGAACAAUGCUUGAUGUUGUUGAUUACUUGAGAAGUCAAAAGAGAUCUCUUUCAGGUACAGUUUUUGAUGACAGUUUCUGGCUGGAUUUGAAUUACCUUGAGGUUGCUAUGGUAGCACAAUCUUGUGCUGCUCACUUCACAGCUUUGCUCUACACAGAAAUCUACGCAGACAAGAUAAACUUAGAUAAACAACAAGAAAGAUCUGCUUUCAGAGCAUCUAAAAAUCUAACAUUUGAAGAAGAAAGCCAAAGUCCAACUAUUACCAGUUUGAAUGAGAAAAGUAAAGAAGAAACUGGAAUAAGCUUACAGGACCUUCUCAUGGAAAUAUACAGAAGUAUUGGAGAGCCUGAUAGUCUCUAUGGCUGUGGUGGAGGAAGAAUGUUACAGCCAUUAGCUAGGAUAAGAACAUAUGAGCACGAGGCCAUAUGGGGAAAGGCCCUUGUAACAUAUGACCUUGAAGCAAGUCUCCCUCCAGCUACUCGCCAAGCAGGAAUAAUAGAGGCCUUGCAGAAUUUUGGGCUUUGCCAUACUCUUUCCACCUAUUUAAAAGGCUUGGAAUAUGAAAACACAGAAUGGUGUGCUGAACUAAAGGAGAUUCGUUACCAGGCAGCUUGGAGGAACAUGCAGUGGGACCACAUCUCUUCUGCUAAAGAUGAGAUGGGAAGAUCAGGCUACCAUGAAUCAUUGUAUGAUGCUCUGCAGUCUUUAAGAGACAGAGAAUUCUCUGCUUUCCAUGAAGGCCUGAAAGAUGCCAGGGUGAGUGAAGUAGAGGAGCUAUGCAAAGGCAGUCUCGAGUCUGUGUUUUCAUUGUAUCCCACGCUCUGCAGAUUACAGACCAUUGAAGAGUUGGAAAACAUAGGACAGCUUUUCUCUAGAUCUGUUAGUAACAAGCAACUGAAUGACGUUUAUCUGAAGUGGCAGAGACAGUCCCAGCUUCUUAAGGACAGUGACUUUGGUUUCCAGGAGCCUAUCAUGGCCCUACGCACUGUAAUUCUGGAGAUCCUUCUUGAGAAGGAAAGUGAGAAUUCCAAAAGAGAAUGCAUUAAAGACAUUCUCACCAAACAUCUAGUGGAUCUGUCCAAAUUGGCACGAACUGCCAAAAACACCCAGCUUCCUGAAAGAGCCAUGUUCCAGAUCAAACAGUACAAUCCAGCUAUGUGUGUAGUCUCUGAGUGGCAACUGGAGGAAGCUCAGGUUUUCUGGGCUAAGAAAGAAGAAAGUCUAGCACUGAGUAUUCUCAAGGAGAUGAUCAAGAAAUUGGAUACAAAUUGGUUUCAGGUUGAGAAUGAUCCGAGCCUAAGACUGAUAUACACAGAGUGUCUGAGGUUAUGUGGAAACUGGUUAGCAGAAACAUGUUUGGAAAACCCUACCGUUAUCAUGCAGAAAUACUUAGAAAAGGCAGUGGAAAUUGCUGGGAGCCACAGUGGAGACAGCAGUGACGAGCUAAAGAAUGGAAAGAUGAAGGCUUUCCUUUCUUUGGCUCGUUUCUCUGAUAUGCAGUACCAAAGAAUUGAGAACUACAUGAAAUCCUCAGAGUUUGAAAACAAGCAAGCUUUGCUGAAAAAGGCCAAGGAGGAAAUUGGCCUCCUAAAGGAGCGCAGGGUUCAGACAAACAGAUACACGAUGAAGGUUCAGCGGGAGCUUGAACUUGAUGAAUGUGCAAUUCGUGCACUGAGUGAGGAUUGUAAACGUUUCUUAUGCAAAGCGGUAGAGAACUAUAUUAGUUGCUUACUUAGUGGAGAAGAGCAUGAUAUGUGGAUCUUCCGCCUCUGCUCCCUCUGGCUUGAGAACUCUGGAGUUUUUGAAGUCAAUGGAAUGAUGAAGACAAUUGCAGAAAAGAUUCCAUCAUACAAGUUUUUGCCUCUGAUGUACCAGCUGGCUGCUCGAAUGGGAACCAAGAUCAUGGGCUGUCUAGGAUUUCAUGAAGUUUUAAAUAAUCUAAUAUCUAGAAUUUCACUAGAUCAUCCACAUCAUACUUUGUUUAUAGUAUUGGCUUUGGCAAAUGCCAACAAGGAUGAACUCUUGGCAAAACCAGAGGCAACAAGAAGAAACAGACUAACAAAAAAUGUACCGAAAGAAAUCUCCCAGCUCGAUAUGGAUCGAAUGGAGGCUGCCAGCAACAUAAUUAACAUCAUAAAGAGUAGGAGACCUCAGAUGGUUAGAGGUGUAGAGGCACUUUGUGAUGCGUACAUCACAUUAGCAAAUCUGGAUGCCUCUUCAUGGAAAUCUCAAAGAAAAGGCAUAAGUAUUCCUGCUGGCCAGCCUAUUACUAAACUAAAGAACUUGGAGGAUGUUGUUGUCCCCACCAUGGAAAUUAAGGUGGACCCUACAGGGAAAUAUGAAAAUUUAGUGACAAUAAGAUCAUUCAAGCCAGAGUUUCGCUUAGCAGGAGGCCUGAAUCUGCCUAAAAUAAUAGAUUGUAUAGGAUCAGAUGGAAAAGAGAGGAGGCAGCUUGUCAAGGGCCGAGAUGACCUGAGACAGGAUGCUGUCAUGCAGCAGGUUUUCCAGAUGUGCAAUACACUGCUCCAGCAGAACACUGAAACUAGAAAAAGAAAACUCACCAUCCGAAGAUAUAAGGUGAUUCCCCUUUCUCAGAGAAGUGGUGUCCUGGAAUGGUGCUCAGGGACAGCUCCCAUUGGUGAAUUCCUUGUGAAUCUUGAAGAGGGAGCUCACAGGAGAUACAGGCCAAAAGACUACAGCAGUACUUACUGUCAUAAGACAAUGAUGGAUGCACAAAAACAGCAUUCUGAAGAGAAAUACAACAUCUUUAUGGACAUUUGCAAGAAUUUUCAACCUGUGUUUCGCUAUUUCUGCAUGGAAAAAUUCCUGGACCCAGCUGUUUGGUUUGAGAAACGAUUGGCAUAUACUCGCAGUGUGGCUACAUCAUCAAUCGUUGGUUACAUACUUGGUCUUGGAGAUAGACACGUACAGAAUAUCCUGAUAGAUGAGCAAACUGCAGAAUUGGUGCACAUAGAUUUAGGGGUUGCUUUUGAGCAGGGCAAAAUCCUUCCCACACCAGAGACUGUUCCCUUUAGGUUAACCAGAGACAUUGUGGAUGGGAUGGGCAUCACUGGCGUGGAGGGAGUCUUUAGAAGAUGCUGUGAGAAGACUAUGGCUGUUAUGAGAAAUUCCCAAGAAGCUUUGCUGACUAUCGUGGAGGUGCUGCUCUAUGAUCCUCUCUUUGACUGGACCAUGAAUCCUCUGAAAGCAUUGUAUUUGCAACAGAGACCAGAGGAUGAGGCUGACAUCAACUCCACACUCAACACCAGUGAUCAGGAAUGUAACAGAAAAGCCAGAGAUGACCAGAGUUUUAACAAAGUUGCAGAACGUGUCCUGAUGAGGCUUCAGGAGAAGCUGAAAGGUGUAGAGGAGGGAACAGUGCUCAGUGUGGGAGGACAGGUGAACCUUCUCAUACAGCAGGCCAUGGAUCCCAAAAACCUCAGUCGGCUCUUUCCAGGGUGGAAGCCCUGGGUAUGAUCUUGAAGUAUCCAGUAGUUUUUAAGAGUGAAUAGGAAACCUGUUUGAUUUGGGGGGAAGAGUGGCUGGGUCAGCAUUUCAUAUGGAUGUUUCUUAAUGGAAAUACUAUAUCAGAAUCAACUGUGUAGAUUAUAAAGCAGUAGUACUGAAACAAGUGUUUAAUUUUUAAAUGAUUUUUAUCAGAUUAUAUUGUUGAUCUCCAGAACUGUGUUCACCAUACACAAAACCCCAAGUGCAGUAUUCUGGUAUUCCUAUACCAUACCAAAAAAAUCUUGUGACCUUCCAGGAAUAGAUACUUUUUGCUUGCAGUGAGAUGGCAUGUACAGUGUUCUUGCAAAACCUUUUUAAAACAUUCAUCUAAUCUUGGAUAUCAGUUAAGUAUCUAGACCUUGAUUUGUAUAACAUUUAUAGACUGUAUUAUUACCUCUAUUGAGUGAAUGAUUUGUAAGCUAAAAGACAUUGAAUAAGUCACUUAAAUGUGCUAGAAAAGGAGAAGAAAUACUGUAUCUUAAAGCCGAUGUUGAAGUGAUACUGGACAAAACAACAGAAAGGGAAAUGCUAAAUAUAAAAGUUUAGCGUGAAAAAUAAUUUCAUAUCCAAUGAACGGAUAGGUUCUUGUGUAUUAUAUAGCCUAAUUAUACAGCCAGUGAUGAGAAAAUGAGACAUUAUUGCACAGUAUUUUCUAGAGAAAUGAUCUUUGAGCCUAGUUUAAUAUAGUGCUGCUUUUUGUGCUGCUGUAGCUUAAAUUAUUUUGACAGUUUCCUUGCAUAAACCAUGAUUUUUAGCAUUUUAAGCAAUGACAUUAACUUUAUCUCCAGUUCACCUAUUAAAAUAUCCUGGCCUGAAACCUGACUUACAGGGUCUAGCUCAAGAGCAAACAUCCUUUUGAUAACUGAAAUAAAUGUGUUUGGAAGCUUUGAAGUUAUAUUUUGAAUGCACAACUUGUUUAUUGAAUCUGUGCAGUUUUACUAGUUACAUUUCAUUGCUUGCCCCUUCCUAAUAUAUGAAACUGCCUACUUUGGUAAGAUAGUCAAUAAGCAUGUGCAAUAGGAAAAUCUGUUGAGUCCAUAGUGUCCAUGUUAUGCCUUUUUAAAUCCUUCCUGAAAUAUUUUUUGUUUUAUUUUUAAAAAGUACAAAUAAAAGAUACAAAGUCUGACAAAAUUCAACAGAAUCCUUAAUAUGGACUUUCUGCCUUUCUCAUAGCAGUGUAAGUUAAUGGUGGAGUGUUUGCCUAAUUUAGCAUUUCACUGACUUUAGUUUGCCUUAUUUUUGCCAUUUCAUUGUAAUUUUAAAUUGUAUUUUUUCUACACACAUUUUAUUCCAGCCUGCUGGUAGAAAUUAAGACAAGUCUUUUUUAGUUUGGUCAUGCUGCAGACACACAUUUCUGUUAGAUGCAAGGUGGGUGAGGUAAUAUCUUUUAUUGGACCAACUUCUGUUGGUGAGAGAGACAAGCUUUCUAAUAUACAU